AUGCUAGCUAAUAUAUUCGGAAGUGUUUGCUCUAUAGAUUUAAAAAUAGAUACUGAAGAAGGUCGGAAAUUUUCAUUUUUAAGGAAAGAUAAAAAAGGUGAAAAAUAUCCAAUUUUUUCAGAUGGGGAAGAUAUAAAUGGAAUUGCAACAAUAACUUUAAAACCAGGAAAAAAAAUAGAACAUUAUGGAAUAAAAUUAGAAUUAAUUGGUCAAAUAAAUAUAUUAAAUGAUAAGUGUAAUUCAUAUGAUUUUUUUUCAAUAUCAAAAGAUUUAGAACCUCCUGGAUUUUUAAUAGAAAGCAAACAAUUUAAAUGGAAAUUUUCAUCAGUAGAUAAACAAUAUGAAUCUUAUUUUGGUAAAAAUGCAGAAUUAAGAUAUUUUGUUCGAUUAAAUAUAAUAAAAGGUUAUUCUGGAAAUAUACAAAAAGAAAUAGAUUUCAUAGUUCAAAAUAUAUGUAUACCACCUGAAAUAAAUAAUACAAUAAAAAUGGAAGUAGGAAUUGAAGAUUGUUUACAUAUAGAAUUUGAGUAUGAUAAGUCAAAAUAUCAUUUAAAAGAUGUUGUAGUUGGAAAAGUAUAUUUUUUAUUAGUUAGAAUAAAAAUAAAACACAUGGAAUUAGAUAUUAUCAAAAUUGAAACAUCUGGUAUUGGAAGAAAUUGUAUAACAGAAACAUCAACUUUAUCAAAAUAUGAAAUUAUGGAUGGGUCUCCAACUAAAUCUGAGUGUAUACCUGUUAGGUUAUAUUUAAGUGGAUUUGAUUUAACGCCCACUUAUAAAAAUAUACAAAAUAAAUUUUCUGUUAAAUAUUAUAUUAACCUUAUAAUUGUUGAUGAAGAAGAGAGGCGCUAUUUUAAAAAACAAGAGAUAUUUCUUUGGAGGAAAAAAAUGGGAUAG